AUGGAGACGCAUAACAGCCAGCUGACUCCUGAGCAGGAUGCUCUACAGCACAUAGCUGCAUGUAGAGACAAACCCUUCCUGAAGGAAAGGUUUAUAGAUUCCUUUAAAGGAAGCGGUGUGUUCACACGGAAGACUAUUGAACCAUCCACUUUUGUCAUUGAGUAUCGAGGGAAAAUCUCUGAGAUUGAUGCAAGAUCUGUGAGGAUAGGCGGUGACACCUUUCAUGGGUUCUUGCAUAAGUUUUCAUGGCAUGGAUCACGUUGGUGUGUUGAUGCUACAAGAGAUGAUGGGAGCCUCGGAAGACUUGUGAAUGAUGACCACACAAGUCCAAACUGUAUAAUGAAGAAGAUUAUCUGUGAAGGGAAACCACACCUAUGCCUGUUUGCAGUGAAAGAAAUAUCUCCAGGCGAAGAGAUAACGUACAACUAUGGCAGCUUCUCCUACUCAUGGCGCUCAAAUAUGCUGUGUUUUCUGACCAGUCCAGUUUACCGUCCAGCGGCAGUCCCAGGUACUUACAGGUCCUGA